UAUAAGCACACAAAUCGAGAGUUUAAAAGUUAUUAAAAUAACAGGUUUUGGUAAAUUGAUUUUUAAAUUUGAAAUUUCCACCAACAAAGGAAUGCGAUGUUUUGAAACUCUAAAUAAACCUAAUUCUUCUAAUCCGCCAUCAUCUGAUAGAUGAUUGCGGAUUAUAUUUUUCGUAAUGCUCUUAUAUGUAAUACCAUUGUAUAAAGAAUAUUCUUUAUACCGUCACCAUAGGCAAAUGUCAAAUGUAUUUUUGUUAAAAUUUGAUCAAUUAAUGUCUUUGCAAUCAAAAGUAGUUUUAGCAACAGCUUGUGUAUUUUCGGCAAGUAUAAUCGGUUAUGUACACUUUAAACAAAGUUAUGAUAGGGAGCAAAUGCAUUCUGGCGUUUUAAGAGACGUUGAAACACGACAAAGGAGAAAGCAAGAAAAUAUAUAUGUUCUACAAAAACAAAUUGAUCUUGCUAAACAGUUGAGAAAUGAAGAAAAUGGUAAAAUAACCUGAGCAGUAUUGUAUUUUAGUUGUUAGUAUAUAUUUUAAAUAAAUAAUUUGGUAAUGUUUAA